CUCGAACAUGCCUCUUAGACUGGUUCGAAGUGUCUCUGAUACUGCUCUAUGGAUACCUACUUUGGGAUAUACCAAAACAGUCCCUGGGCUUUCCUCGAACAUUCUAUAUCCGCUGCCUCAGGCUAUCAGGCACAAACAGCAAGCUACCUAAUUGGCGGCCUCCCAUUGGACGGUCGGCCCAUAAUCCCGACGUCACUUUUUGGCUGCUUCUCCACCUUCCAUCUGAGGGCUCCGGGAUUAUGAUCCAUCUUCUUCUGCAUCAAAUCACGCGUUGCAUUGUCUGCAUCCAUACCGACAAAAAUCAACAUCUGUUGUGACAUUGUGGAUUGAUACUUUCUCAUCAACGUGCUAUAUAGCAUAAUGGCGUGUCCUAUCACCGUCACCAAAUUCGUGGGAACGGUGUCUUUGGGCAUUCUCACUGGCCUCUCCUACUCCGCCUCCACUGUCACAAUUCCCUCCCUGAGCCUGCUCCCCACCUCCGCCAACGCUCUCCGAUCCCUCAACGAAGUCAAGCGCCUUAAUCGCAAACAUGGCCUACGACUGACCAACAUCGCCAACACCUGCCUCAUCUUCGCAUACUCCGUCUCCCCCAAGCACCGUAAACACCCCUACCUGAUCUGGAUGUGCGUCGCGUCCAUCGUCGGCUCAUACGGAAUGGACUUUUGGUUCCACAGGGAACUCGGCCUCAAGGCCUGGGCUCAAAGUCUUAUCCAGGACUCCGGAUGCAUGUCCUUCUCUCGCAGAAAUGCCGUCAAGAAGGACGAGGACCUUGUCGUUGUUGAGGCCGAGGAGUCGGUUAAUGGCGAGAGUGUCCGUGAGGAAAUGGCUCGCGAGAGACGGCUGCAGUGCGCUAGGGCGGUGUGCUCGGGAAUUGCGCUUGCUAUGGGUAUUGUCGGGCUUUGGGGUGAUAGGAAGUGAUUGAUGCGGCCAUCUGCUCUUGAACAAGACGGUUCUCGUGUCUGGGUUUUUCUUCCCCCACUCAUGUACUUUUUUUCUGCCUUUUUCCCUCUGACAAAAUUUUCUUCAUAUCUACGGACUUGCGGUAUGUAUUAUAUUGGUUGGAAACGCAAGGUAUGGUGUCUGGUUCUUUCGGUUCGAAUGGAAGCAAGCGUUUGUAACUAGGAGCU